AUGACUAACUUUAUGGCAGAAUUUAUAAUACUGGUUAUAUUAACCAUAACAGUCUUGAACGUAGAAGCUUCAAAUGAAUGUGGCGCGUGUGAACAGCUGGUUAUCAACAAGAUAGGUGACAGAAAGUGUGUACGUCAACCUCAGUGCUGCGAACGUGGGUUUUUGACAUGUAAUACGUUAAUGUAGAAGCCAGACUUUACACGGGCUCCAGAGCUGGAGUCGGAGCUGGCUAAAGCUAAGGCUAAAGUUAAGGCUAAAGCUACGUUACUAACCUUUACAAUCUUCAGAACACGGUAUUCAACUGACAUGUCUCGUCAACCCUUGUACUAACUACAACACUGCUUGUCCGAGAGCCAAGCACUGUGUACCAGUAUAUUGUGAAGAAAUUGGUUGUACUGCGUUCUACUACGACGACUUUUACAAUUUAAUCCCCGGAGGUGAAUGUGAAGUUAAAGUUUUGAAAAUUGGUGAUGAUGAGUUGGAUGGAAUAGUCAGUCGUGCACGACGUUAUGUUUCUAGCUUCUUUGGUAUUUGA